CCUCGUCAGAAAGAGGGGGAGAGAAGUCGAGAGCGCGCCUAGAGUUUAGGGGCUGCGGGCGGAAGGGAGGGCAGUAGAGGUGCUGUUGGUGGGUUCUUGCUGAUGCCCGUGUUGACGACUGUGCCUCGAAGUGGUUGAUCAUGAGCCAGCGAACGGCCAAGUUUCCCACUCGGCCUGUGGCCCAGCUGCUCGGGUCGAAUGGCCCCGUCCAUGCGGUAGCCUACUCCGCCUCGCCAGGGACUUACAUUCUCACGGGCUCCUCUGACCGUUCCAUCCGGCUGUACAACCCCUCAUCCACCACCACCACCUCAGCAAAUACCGCCUCCUCCACCAACACCAUCACGAAACCCCACCACGCCGCGCCUCCACAACCCGCGGCGCCCCCCACAGGCCGGCUCAUCCAGACCUACGCCUCGCACGCGUACGAGGUGCUCGCGCUGAGCGUGUCGGCCAGCAACGCGCACUUCGCGUCGGCGGGCGGCGACCGGGCGGUGCUGCUGUGGGACGUGGCGACGGCGCAGACGGUGCGGCGGUUCGGCGCCGCGUCGACGGCCCACUCGCACUCCGGCCGCGUCAACGCCGUGUGCUUCGCCGGCGCCGACGACUCGCUCGUCGUCUCGGGCGGGCUGGACUGCACCGUCCGCGUGUGGGACGUGCGCGCCGGCGGCGGCAGUGGUGGCGGUGGGGGGAAGCCGGUGCAGGUGCUGAGCGAGGCGCGGGACGCGGUCAGCGCGCUGGCCGUGUGCGGGCCCGAGAUCGUCGCCGGCAGCGUGGACGGCCGUGUGAGGACGUACGACGUGCGGGCCGGCCGGUGCGUCACCGACGUGCUGCCCGCCAGCGUGACCAGCGUGUGCCUGGCGCGGGACGGGCGCACGGUGCUGGUGGGCUCGCUGGAUAGCAAGAUCCGGCUGAUGGACCGCGCGAAUGGGGCGUGUUUGAGGACGUACGGGGAUGCCGGCUGGAGGAACGCCGAGCUGAGGGUGCAGAGCGUGCUCGGCGGCGGGGAGAGGUUCGUGGUGGCGGGGGAUGAGAUGGCCGCCACGAGCGGCGGCGGGAGUGAGGCGGCGGCGAGUGAAGGGCGAGUGUGGGCGUGGGACUUGCUGACGGGGAGGCUGGUUGCUACGGUCCCAGUUCCGUGGGGCAAUAGCAACGAACACCGGAAGAAGAUCAUUGGGAGGGACGGGAAGGAGAAGGAGCGCAAGAACGUGGUGAGCUGCAUCGCGUGGAAAGACGGGGGGUUUGGGAACCAGUUUUGCGUCGGUGGCACGUCAGGCGUGGUGACGGUGUUUGGUGAGGGUUGAGCGAGGCAUGCGCCGUCCGCUCCUCGAAAUCCUGCCACCAAUAAAUAUGGAGUAGUUAUUGAGCAUGAUUCACCUGUCUGCAUUAGAAAGCCU